AUGAAUUCGAGGCUUUCCUCAUCAUCGUCUCCUUUUCUUCUUCUUCCAUUUUCUUUACUGUUAGUCAUCAUCAAGUUUGCUCCAUGUUGGAGCUUGGAUUUGUCAAGGAGCUGCAGCAACCGGUUCGCUUGCGGGAAUAUCACGGACAUUGACUACCCUUUCUGGGGAGAUGGUAGGCUGGAAGGUUGUGGGUAUCCUCAUCUACAUCUCUACUGCAACAAAAGCCAACCUACCAUUGAUAUAAUGGAUGUGAAAUACAAGGUAUUAAACGUAGGCCAAAAUACUCAGAUUCUCCAAAUCUCAAGGGAUGAUUUCAUUAUUAGCAAUGGAUUAUGUUCACCAACAUACCCAGACACCACCUUCGAUUUCCAGCUAUUUGAAUAUGAUUCAGACUUUGGAGAAGUUACAAUACACUAUGAUUGUCCUUCUUCUCUUAAAGGGAAGCUGGGGUAUUUCCCUUGCCCCGAUGGGUCUACUCAUGAGAAUGGCUUUAUAGGAGAUAAUACCGGAUGCAAUUCGAGCCUCAAAAUUGGGAUUGGUCGGAGUUAUUUUGUUGAUAUCGGAAAUUUUUCGAUAAUGGAAGAGGCACUGAUCAGAGAAGGGUUUAGAGUGAAAUAUAAGGUGAAUACUUCUUUAUGCAAUGGCUGUACCAAAUCCGGAGGAGUUUGUGGCUAUGACUGGGAUUCCAAACAACCAACUUGCUAUGAUGGAUCUUCUCGGCAAAGCCCAUUUCCUCCCCCAUCACGUCCCAGACCGCAAAUUAAAGAUUUUUAG